AUUUCCGUGUUUUCACCACAACGUACGAAAGCCGCGAGGGGCCAAGCCGAACUCUCGCAAUACACGUGGAUUCACGUUUGUUGUCAUUUCGCACCUUGAUGUUCAUGCGAGGAGGUUUUACUGUAACAUAGGUUGAGUUUAAGUGUUUUGGUUUUGUCAGACACAUAAUAUGAACACCGAGGCCAGCGGGUCAGGAGAGAAUGAUCCGUAUUUGCUCGACCAGGUCCUGACGGAGCUGUACGACUUUGGUGAUGGACCAGCCUCGAAAAAGAAAGUCAAGUCUCAGAAGAGAAAAAAACGGAAGCGAUGUGAGGAAGAGGAGGAGGAUGAGAUCUUUGCUGCUGAAGACACCUGCUGUGACGCUGAAGCCAGCAGAGCAGAGCGUCCAGCCAGUGUGGACCUGAAAGAGAAACCGAAGGCAGAGCAAACAGGUUUAAGUGUUACACACACGGCCCAGGUAGAGGUGGUGACGUUCCAAGACCCCACCAAGAAACCCAAGACAAAGCAGAUGCCGGCUGCUAAUAAAAUCACUCCCCCUCAGGUCCAGGAGAAAAGCCACAGGAACCAGCCAGAAGAGCUCAGUUUGGAAAAGGCUCGUCUGGAGGUCCAUCGAUUUGGUAUAACGGGCUAUAAGAAGGAGCAGCAGCGUGUUUUUGAACAGGAGAGAGCGAUCAUGCUGGGGGCCAGACCUCCAAAGAAAGACUAUGUCAACUACAAGGUGCUACAACAGCAGAUCAAAGAGAAGAAGCAGAAAGCGAAGGAGGAGGUUCAGACGGACCUGAAAAAAAAGAAGAAGCAGAACAAGCCGAGGGCCAAGAAGACCUCCUCUGGCUCCGGCUUGGGCCCCUCAGGUCAGGUGGGACGCUUCAAGAACGGCAUGCUGAUCCUCAGUUCCAAGGAGAUCCAGAAAAUCAAAGGCUCUCGCGGCAGCAAAUAGGUUUGCAGUUAAAUCUUGGAGUGGAAAAACAGACCAGAAGAAAGACGCAAGAACGGGAGAUGAAAGAAGAGGAUCAGCGUCCGAGGGCCGGUAGCUCACUGCACUGUCAAGACUUGGCUGGCAUGCAGACAUAUUGGAGAGGAAUAACAGGAAUUGUGAACAUUUUUGCCUGAGUCAUUGCACUCACAACAUUCACUGUGGCACCACUUUGCAGCCACACCUCUCACAGUGGAAUAUUGAACGCUGUUGACUGCUGAGAUCACCGAGUCAAGACUCAGUUCAUCACUCUCCAAACCGGACUCGAGCAUCGUCACAGUGGCAGGACUGUCAGAGCAAGAAACCAGAGUCACCAUCAGAUCAUAUUCCAUCACAGUUUAUUCAUCUUGUUUUAUAAAUGAACAAAAAAAUUACAUUUUUGUUGUUCUGUUUUAUGCUGUAAAGUUCUUUAAAUUACGCAAUUACAAUGCAUUUUUCAUAUACAAACCACAUAGUCGUACAAAACAUUUACAUCUUGGCAGGUAGGGAGGAAAGCAGUUGGCUCAUAACCGAGGGGAUAGUUGGAAUGAUCAAAAGAAAAAAAAAAAAAAAAGCUGAAAAACACCCGCAAGAGAAGUCCUGACUGUUGCAAAAUGUUUUCAUG